CGGCGGGGGCGCGGGCGGGCGCGGCCAUGGAGCGGCGGCGGCGGCGGCGGCGGCUCUAGCGAGCGCGGUCGGGCGGGCGGGCAGGGCCCCCGGGCGCCGCGGCCCCAACUGCACAGCUCAGCAAAAGCGCCCCGGCCCUGCGCGCCGCCCUAGCCGGCCACCUCCUGCAAAGCUGCGAGCCAGCUUUGGAAGAAAGGGGAGAGAUUGCAUGGGCCGGAGACACGGCAGUCGGCAAUAGACACACACACAAACAGAGAAGGCGGGGGGAGGGAGAGAAAGAGAGAGAGAGAGAGAGCGAGAGAGAGCGAGAGAGACGUAGGUAUUUUUUUUUAUUUUUUUUUGGCUGCCGCUACCCCGAGCCGGGCUCGCCGCGCUUGUGCGCGCGUGUGGAUGUGGCUGUGAUCGCUCCAGGACUCCCGGGCUCCGGAGACGCCAUUUUCCCCCGUGAUAAGCUCGCUCCGCACACCGCGCUUAGAGGCGGCCGCGCCGGGCGGGAAGCGCGGGGCCGGUCCGGGGCGCCCUCCGCUCGCCGCCGCCCCCCGCGGCCCCCGCGCCCCCGAGCGAGCCCGCCGCCGCCUGACAGAUGCUCGUCGCCAUGGAGUUGCCGCGCCUGAACCUCCGGGGGCUCCGGCCAGCGUGCCCAGCCGGGGUCUGAGCCGAGUGACCGGGACGCGGUUGCAGAUUUGAUUUCUUCUGAAGGCCUCACCGUGUCUCCAUCCCUGGGACACUGAGUACAGCUUCUGGAACACUUUGUCCUUGGAAUCUUGGAUCUCCUCUCAUCUCAUCCGCCCUUUUCCGCUUUUGCCCCUUUCUCCUCCCAAGAACUCCUGAAGACUGUGGGAUUGUCAUGGAAUCCAGGGAGAUUUUAAGCAGUGGCAGGCAAAGAGGAGUCGAGUCAGAAUUCAUGCCAGUCUCCUCUGCUAAGCCCCAGACAUCCCCGGGUUGUGCAGGAGAACCUUUGCUCUCUGCUCCAGGAGCUGGGAAGGGCGUCCCAGUGGGCAUUGAACAGAUGGAGCCUGAAGAGGAGGAUGAACUGGGUUCAGGGCGGGAUGUGGAUUCCAACUCCAAUGCCGACAGUGAGAAAUGGGUGGCAGGAGAUGGCCUGGAGGAGCAGGAGUUUUCUAUCAAGGAGGCGAACUUCACAGAAGGGAGUCUGAAGCUGAAGAUUCAGACCACCAAGAGGGCAAAGAAACCCCCCAAGAAUCUGGAGAACUAUAUAUGCCCCCCUGAGAUCAAGAUCACUAUCAAGCAGUCUGGGGACCAGAAGGCAUCCCGUGCUGGAAAAAACAGCAAAGCCACAAAAGAAGAUGAAAGAAACCACUCCAAGAAGAAGUCUGGGACCAGGACCCAGGCUGUCAGGGGACCUGAUGAUCCUCUGAAUGGAAUAUCAAGCAAACACAGCAGAAAGACACAGAGAGGCAGAAAGCUUCUCACAACCAGUGACCUUGCAGCCAGCGACCUCAAAGGAUUUCAGCCACAGGCUUAUGAACGGCCACAGAAGCACUCAGCUCUCCAUUAUGACCCAGGCCUUCCACAGGACUUCACCGGUGACACCUUAAAACCAAAGCACCAGCAAAAAAGCAGCAGCCAGAACCACAUGGACUGGUCCACCAACUCUGACAGUGGACCUGCCACGCAGAAUUGCUUCAUCAGUCCAGAGUCUGGCCGAGAAACUGCAAUCACCAGCAAGAUCCCAGCUCUUGAGCCCGUGGUUUCCUUUGCAAAGGUCCAGGGCAAGAAAGGCAGUGCAGGGAGCACGUGGAGUCAGCUGUCCACCAGUGGCAAAGAUCUGCUCCUGGGAGCUGUGAUUCCAUCCCCAAGCAGCCACAGCUCCCCAGCCCCAGCCAGCAGCUCUGCAGAGUGCAAUGGGCUUCAACCUUUGACAGAUCAAGAUGUUGGGGGGGUGAAAGAACUCCAGGAACCACCCGUUAUAAGCACCAAGAAAAAGUCCAGUAAAAAAGACUUGAUAAGUCAAAGCAUACCCAACCCAGACCUGGAUUGGGUCAAGAAUGCCCAGAAAGCAUUUGAGAAUACAGAAGGGAAAAAGGAAGGUUAUUCUGCAGAUAAUGCCCAAGAGGCAUCACCAGCCAGGCAGAAUGUGAGUUCCAUUAGUAAUCCUGAAAAUGACUCUAGUCAUGUCCGGAUUACCAUCCCUAUUAAGGCACCAUGUCUAGAUCCAGUCAACCACAAGAGGAAAAAGAGACAGUCCAUCAAAGCUGUGGUGGAAAAGAUCUUGCCAGAAAAAGCCCUGGCUUCUGGAAUCCCUAUGAGUAGUGCAGUUGUCAGCAGGAUACUUUCUAGCUCAGAAGGGAAUAAGAAAGAUCCCCGGGUCCCUAAAUUCAGUAAGAUGAUAGAGAGUGAGUCUUCUCCAGUGGGUCUGGAGAUGGGUGUAAAUGCUGAGAAAGUGAUCCCAGUAGGUGUGUCCAGGCAGCGGAAGCCAUCUUUGGUCAUGUCACCUCCAGCGUGCACUGACCACUCCCCAUCGAGAAAGCUGCCGGAAAUCCAGCACCCGAAAUUUGCCGCCAAGCGGAGGUGGACUUGCAGCAAACCCAAGCCCACCAGCAUGCUGCGGGAGGCCGUCAUGGCUACCUCGGAUAAGCUGAUGGUGGAGCCGCCAUCAGCCUACCCCAUCACCCCCUCCAGCCCGCUGUACACCAACACCGACAGCUUGACUGUGAUCACCCCAGUGAAAAAGAAGCGAGGACGGCCAAAGAAGCAGCCACUGCUCACGGUUGAGACAAUUCAUGAGGGGACCUCCACCAGCCCAGUCAGCCCCAUCAGCCGGGAGUUUCCCGGCACCAAGAAACGGAAGAGACGACGCAGUUUAGCAAAGCUGGCCCAGCUGGUGCCUGGGGAGGACAAACCCAUGAGCGAGAUGAAGUUUCACAAAAAAGUUGGGAAGCUUGGAGUGUUGGAUAAGAAGACCAUCAAGACCAUCAACAAGAUGAAGACACUCAAGAGGAAAAAUAUCUUGAACCAGAUCCUCUCCUGCUCCAGCAACCCUGCUCUGAAGGCCAAAGCGCCACCGGAGACCAGCCCCGGGGCCUCUGCAAUUGAGAGCAAGCUGGGAAAACAGAUCAAUGUCAGCAAGAGAGGAACCAUCUACAUUGGCAAAAAGAGGGGCAGGAAGCCAAGGGCAGAGCUGCCGCCCCCAUCUGAAGAACCCAAAACAGCCAUCAAGCACCCAAGGCCUGUCUCUAGCCAGCCAGAUGUCCCAGCCGUGCCUUCCAACUUCCAGUCACUCGUGGCGUCUUCACCAGCAGCUAUGCACCCACUCACCACCCAGUUGGGUGGGUCAAAUGGCAACUUGAGCCCCGCCAGCACCGAAACCAGUUUCUCAGAGCUGAAAACGAUGCCAAAUCUCCAGCCCAUCAGUGCUCUUCCAACCAAAACCCAAAAGGGGAUCCAUAGUGGAACCUGGAAGCUGUCUCCACCCAGGCUGAUGGCCAACUCGCCUUCACACCUGUGCGAGAUCGGUUCGCUUAAGGAGAUCACACUAUCCCCAGUGAGCGAAUCCCACAGUGAGGAGACCAUCCCCAGUGACAGCGGCAUCGGGACAGACAACAACAGCACGUCAGACCAAGCGGAAAAGAGUUCAGAAUCCCGGCGGAGAUACUCUUUUGAUUUCUGCUCCCUGGACAACCCAGAGGCCAUUGCGUCUGACACCAGCACAAAGAACCGGCAUGGCCACCGGCAGAAGCAUCUCAUUGUGGAUAACUUCCUGGCCCACGAAAGCCUCAAGAAGCCAAAGCACAAGAGGAAACGGAAAAGCCUGCAGAGCCGCGAUGAUCUCCAGUUUCUAGCUGACCUGGAAGAGCUCAUCGGCAAGUUCCAGGUGUUCAGGAUUUCCCACCGGAGCUACACGUUCUACCAUGAGAAUCCCUACCCCAGCAUCUUCCGGAUUAACUUUGAUCACUAUUACCCGGUGCCAUAUAUCCAGUAUGACCCGUUGCUCUAUCUCCGCCGGACUUCAGACUUGAAGUCAAAGAAGAAGCGUGGGAGGCCUGCCAAAACCAAUGACACCAUGACAAAGGUGCCUUUUUUGCAAGGGUUCAGCUACCCUAUUCCCAGUGGAAGUUACUAUGCACCCUACGGAAUGCCUUACACAUCAAUGCCUAUGAUGAACCUCGGUUAUUACAGUCAGUACCCGGCUCCGCUGUACCUGUCCCACACACUCGGAGCAGCUUCCCCAUUUAUGAGGCCAACAGUGCCUCCACCUCAGUUUCACACUAGCUCCCACAUGAAGAUGUCGGGGAGCACCAAACAUAAAGCAAAGCACGGCAUACACCUGCCAGGACCCGUGGGCAUGGGCCUUGGUGACAUGCAGCCGUCCCUGAACCCUCCAAAGGUGGGCAGUGCUGGCCUGUCAAGUGGCCGGCUCCACAAGCGGAAACACAAACACAAGCACAAGCACAAGGAAGAUCGACUCCUGGGCACCCACGACAACCUUAGCGGUCUCUUUGCAGGCAAAGCGGCAGGUUUCUCCAGCCACCUGCUGAGUGAGCGGCUGAGUGGUGUGGAAAAGGAGCUCCAGCUGGUGAGCGAGAAGAGCAGGCAUAAGGAGAAGCAGAAGCACCAGCAUGCUGACGUCAGCCACAAAGCUCCCAAGAGCAGCUUUGAGGUGGACAACCUGUCAACGCUGUCCCUUUCGGAUGCUCAGCACUGGACGCAGGCCAAGGACAAAAGUGACUUGAGCAGCGAGCCUGUGGACCCAUGCACAAAAAGGUACUCUGCCAGUGGAGGAGACGGUGGCAAUGCAAGAUCAGAAAGCCUGGAUGUGUUCAGUGACAUGAACCCUUCGAAUGACAAGUGGGACAGUGACCUGAGUGGGAUUAAGAGACGGAGCUUUGAAGGCUUUGGGACAUACAGGGAAAAGGACAUCCAAACCUUCAAGAUGAACCGCAAGGAGAGAAGUUCUUUUGAUGCCUCCAUAUCUCCAGGAGUGCCAAGUCCCCAUUUAAAAGUGGACCAGAUGGGAAUGCAUGGUAAGGGUGAGGGCUCAGCACCAACCGUGAUGACCAGGAAGAAGCCAGCUGCCCUGGACAGUGUUGCAAUCCCGCCUACGCCUGUGCUGUCCCUCCUUGCGGCCUCUGCAGCAACGCCAGACGCAGCCAGUUCCUCCCUGAAGAAACGAUUCAAGCGCAGGGAGAUCGAAGCCAUCCAGUGUGAGGUGCGCAAGAUGUGUCACUACACCAAGAUUCUGUCCACCAAGAAGAACCUGGACCAUGUGAACAAGAUCCUCAAGGCCAAGCGGCUGCAGAGACAAGCCAAGACGGGCAACAAUUUCGUCAAGAAGAGGAGGGGGCGGCCCCGCAAGCAAGCCACCCAGUUCGAGGAUGACUCCAGAGACCAAAUGCCCGUGCUGGAAAAGUGCAUCGACCUGCCCAGCAAGAAGGGUCAGCGGCCCAGCUUGAGCCCACUGGCACUGGAACCGGCCACCAGCCAGGACACCAUCAUGGCCACCAUCGAGGCGGUCAUCCACAUGGCCCGGGAGACCCCACCACCCCUUCCCAGGACCCCGCCGUUGCCCAGGCCCCCACGGAGCAGCAAGAGGAGACACCAGCCUCAGCCUCCAGCUCAGGCCCCCCAGCCACAGCCACAACCAUCCCCACAGCAAGCCCUUCCCCAGGAGGACGAGGUGAAGGCCAAGAGGCUGAGGAAGUCCCGAGGGAGUGAGAGCGAGGCCCUCCCCUAGGCUGGGGGACCACACAAUGGCAGGUGCAGUGAACCGGGGUUGGGGGGCUGAGCCCCCCUGCUGCAGGGACACAGAGGAAGCAGCCCUUCUCUCCAGAAGCUGGGCAGGCAGAUUGGGGCCAGAUGAUGGGAUGAGCCAUCCACAGGUCUUGGGGAAGCAAAGCCAGGGGAGCCCUCCAAGAGAAGCUUGUCUGUAUGUUACAGUUGCUACAGUGCCCGGCCAAGCUGCCCUUCAGCUGUGAUGCUGGAGCCUUCCUUCACAGGCAAGCAGAAGGCCCAUCGAGGAAAGAGCUGGUGGCCUUCCCCAUGACAGCCACCUGAACAAGGGGCCCCCUUGAUUCCAUUGCAUUUUCUGGCCAGGAAAACUCAAAGAGAAACAUCCACAAUCAGGACACAUUCCAAGGGGGAGGAAAAACAAAACCCUUCACAUUUCUCAAUUGGCUUUGUUGUAACCCACAGUCAUUGGGAUUUUAUUGCUUUUGUUUUUACUACUUCUUUUUAAUUUUUUUUUACUCCUUUUUUUUUUUAAGGAUCAGCUAGGCAUUAGGCACCAGUACAUCUUGGGGUGACCGGAGUCUUUCCGUUAACUAUAUACAAUUUCUCAGCUGGAGUCAUUUCACCAGAAGGUGGCAUACUGGUGACAAGCAACCUUACAGAAGCUUGCUGCUUCCUCAGUUUACCUGCUCUCUCUUCCACACACACUGAUAUUAAGCACUGUCUCUUCCUAGUUAUACUUUGUCCGUUGUGCUUCCAUAACCCUUUUCAUUGACUUAUGGGCUGCCUCCUUUUCCUUGGCACCGACUUAAAUGAUGGAAACCUUCCCUGUGUUGUAAUGUUCUCCCUUGGCUUAUGCUUUGAAUCCCAGGCAUUGUCUGAAGCAGACUUUUAGUAUUGACACUUUGUUACUAAGUGAUUUAGAGCAGCCAAGGAUAUGUUGGUUACUUUUAUACUUAAAUAAUAAUAGGUCAGCAGAGAAUAGGGAGACUAAAAUAAAUUUAAGCCCCACUGCAGAUGGAAUAACUAAGACAUUACCAAAAAAACUGAAAUCCCAGACCCACCGGAAACACAAGUGUCUAGCAAUGCCUUGGUACGUAACUUUUUUUCAUACAAAUAAUUAUCUUGGGUCACUGGAAAAAAAAUAAGAUGAUAGCAGUCCAUUAUCUCUUGAUAAUUAUUUCUUAAGAGCAAAUGGGAGUAAGUGUUCUUAUCUGAAAAACAAAAUAAAAAUGCUCAAAGGGUAUCACCACUCCAAUUGUAUCAAGCCACCUUGGACAAAGUAUCCAAAUUGUGGUUGCCUUAAUAAACUUAAAGCAUUUUGUACAUAAUGUAAUUAUAAACCUAUCAGUCUGCAUGAAUGCAAACUGUGUGUGACAAAUCGUCUUUUUAAAUGGUCAAUUUCAACUGUACAUUCCAUCCAGUUGUAUCCUAGCCAUUCGUUUAGUGUGGACAGAUAUCCCAUCCUUAUUAUCCAUUUCCACAGCCUAGUAAAACAUGUUAAGAAGACUCUGAAUGAAUAUGAAGUUAUUCCAUUGCUGUAGGUAUUUUCUGAAAGUCAGAUGUGGAAAUUUCAAAUAUGUAUUUUCCAUUUUCUCCCUCACCCCCCCUUACCUUCCUUAAGACAUCAAACACCUGGCUUGAUAGAUUAUAAAAAGAGAGACACUGGCAGACUGAAUGAAAGUUUCUAGUGGGAAUUUGAAUAUCUAGUUUACCUCCAUAUUGUUUCUUUACAGGAAGUUGGUACUGACUGGAAAUUGCAUUAUCACUUCAGAAUACCGAAGCAUUUCCUUAGCAAGAGGUGAAUUCUUGUUGGGAACAUGAGGAGAUAAAGGGUGUGCGUCUGCAGGAGUUAAAUUGAAAAUUCCAGGUUGAUAAUCCUUUUGCAAACAUAAUUGCUCUGUCCUGGCACUUAACAGUUGGCAGAAAGUACCCACAGAGUCACCCUAUUCUGCAGUGUCACCUUGGACUUGACAUAAUGUAAUGUCCACUUGAUCCAUCACUCCUAGCAGUAUGUGAGUCUAAAGGAAUGCACUCUUCUGUACCUUAAGCUUAUAGCACAGAUACUCAGUUUGUGACUUGGGUUGCCCUUUGACAUUUUACACGAGUCCAAUGGCAACAUCAGAGCAGCAGCAGCUUUCAGUGUUUCGUUCUCAAGCCAUGUCUGAGUGGUUCCAAGGUCACAGGAAAGGAAAGUUUAAAUUAGCCCUGUUCAACUUCCAUUCCUUUGAAAGAGGAUCGUUUUCAUUCCGGCUAAGCGAUAAAGAGGCUUCUCUCCGGCAGAAUUUUCAGAACCAUUUCCUUUAUUCUUUCUUUUCCCUGCCUCACUGCUGGAGUGGUAUGUUUCCCCAACCAGUAGAGAGCAAACUUAGUCUUCCCACAGAGUGAAAGGGGCUUUCACUCCUAAGAGUUUACAAGUAACAUCAGGAUAUAUUGGAGCACCUCAGCCAACAGAGAGAUUCCAGGAGAGAGCCAGGAGUCACAACCUAUUCAUGGAGCCAGCUCUAAAUGAUGGAGACCUUCCCUGUAUUGUAAUGUUCUCCCUUGGCUUAUGCUUUGAAUCUCAGACAUCGUCAAAAGCAGACUUUGAGUAUCGACACUCUUUUAUACCAAGUAAUUUAGAGCAGCCGAGGAUAUGUUGAUUACUUUUAUACUUAAAUACUGACAAUAGAUCAUCCUGUAAAUUGAACACAAAGUCUCUACUAUUAAGAUGGUGAGAGUAGCUAACUCUGAGACCAAAUAAGCCUCGGCAUGGAGGUGGAGGUGAGGCUGCCCAUUCACCCUCACAGCUUCCCCUCCACAAGACACCUCAUCUGUCUGGAUAGCUUCACCUUCUUUUUAUUGGCUCCUGCUUUCUACUAACCAAGCUCACCUCAUCCCUAGGAUCAUGUCAUUGAUUUUUCUAAACCACACUCUUUCCAUGAGCCUCUAGUCUCCUGUCCAGGCAAAUGAGUUCUCCAUAUCUGACUGGUUGCUGAGCCAGGGUGAGAACCCAACCCACCUGAUGCCAGUUGAGGAAAACUCUAGUCACCCAACCACUGCUUCCAGUGACCACCUUUUUUAUCAGAGAAGAUGCCAUUGGGAUGCAUAUGCUGCCCGCAAAUAGCUCUGCAAACUCAUGUGUAGAAAGGGAACCCCUUUGGAUUCUUUCUUUCUGGAAUACUUGCCUUCAGUGAGCAGUAGGGCCAGGCCAAUUUAGAAUCCAGGAAGUCUGACUGGGAAUGAGCUAGCGAUGAGAUUAGGAAUAUACAGGCCUCCAUGAAGGCAGCGAUGGAUCUUAUAUCUACCUUUCUAAGUGUGUGGGGGGGGGGGCGGGGGGGGGCAGUGGUUUAUCCAAUCCCAGAAUAAAUAAGAAGGAUGGAAGUUUAGCUUCUUCUAGUAACCUAACUCUGGCAACAGCCCUGGGAAGAAAGGUAGCAAGGGGAGCAGGCCAAGGUUUGAUGAAUGACUUUGCAGGACUGGGAUCAGCAGCCACCCAUAACCCAGAAAAGAUGACCAAGUCCUGACGUAGGUGAGCACGUUACUCUGACCGCAGUCCUGAGAGGGGACUGUGACUCUGCCAUGGGUGGUGGCAGUCAGGAUGUGUGCUCUGUGCUUUUUCUGUGUCUAUAAAUAGGAUGAGCAAGUGAUGACAGAAAUACGAGAUCAUGUAAGGCACUACAUUAAGGAUUCGGUUUUAAGAUUUAAGUAGAAAAUCCCAUUCCUACAGCUUAUUACCCAACGAUAUUCAGAUAAGGAGCCUUUGGAGACUACUUCCCCUACUAGGAAAAUUUACCUGGGAACUGUGUACAUGCCUACAUAUAUAUUUCCAAAGCCUUUAAAUGCCAACUGUAGCUUAGAGAGAAGAGGAGGUGGCAGAAGCCGCAAUGCCUCAAUAAGCCAUUUAAGUGUUACACUGCAGGAUUCCCAGUCCUUCUUACUGUGUGGAAGUAGAUGAAGACAGACAUUAUUCUCAACACUACCCAAUAAUAUCACAAUGGUCCAAAUGCCAGAACUUACAGAUAGUGUCAUCACAGUGCCUAGAAACUCAAACUGUAAUAUAUCGUAGCAUUUUCUUGGUGUUUUGUAAAAAAUAAUAAUAAUAAAAUAAAUAAAAUAAAAAUAAAUUUCUUUCCAUGAUGUAAGGAUCCCCCUUGCCUCUUGUUUCUUGAGGUUGCCCCACAAGUGAGUCUUCCUUCCUUGCUGGACUCAGUCACUUGGGGAACAGUCUUAGAAGCACAGAUCAACCAAGGAAGAGGCUUUCUGGAUAGCUGGGGCCCACUUACCCAGGUACAGUGAACACUAAAGGGAGAGGUAAAAUGUGCUGCCCUGCUCCACUCAGAAGGGCAGUUCCAACUUAGGCCGGUUUCUUUUUCUUCCUUUUUUUUUUUAAAUCUAUUUCUUAAAUAAUAAUAAAUGCACAUGAUGUGUUAAAUAUGUAUAUAUAUUUCAAAAGAAAAAUGGGGCACAAGAUUGUCUUACAAGUCGUGCUGGCUAAUUUUUAGUUUGGAUUCAUAAGUGGUUUUUAAAAGCCUUUUUUAAAGUGUAACUUGCAUGUUCUACUUUGAUUGUAUGUAAACAUAUUUUAGAACAAAAAUGUAUUUGUAUUUUAUUGAAUAUAGAGGCAAGAAAAAAAUGUACAUUGUUCAAAAUGUUCUUUUUGUAACAGUUUUUAUUCAUAAAGCAUUUUUGUACAUUUAAAAUGAACAUGGACUUGCUGUUAUUUGAGGCGUAGAGACACCUGGUCUGCUUCACUGUCAUGCUCCUCAUGGUCUUAUUAGAUGUUGGAUUUUAAACAUUUUUUCUAAAAGAAAGCUCAGUCUUUUUCGCUACCAGAUCAGGUUAGCACAGUAUAGAGCACUUAACUAUUAAAAAAAAAAAGUUAAUCCUAUUCAUAUGUUAUUCAUUGUGUGAAAUUAAAGACAUUCAAUUCAGUCUAA